UCAUACUGAAAAAGCAGACUGUCUGCUGUGAACUCUGAUUCACUUCGUUAAAUAUAAACUCCUUUUGCAUGAUGUGAUUGUCAAGAGCAGUGAAGAGAGAACAGUUCAACAGAUUUUGUAUCUCCUCUAAUUUGUUUGACUCAACCAACAGAAAAAUAAGGGGUUUGUUUAUGUUAUUGUUGCUGUUGAAGAGGGGGUUGCAAAUACUGCAUUUUCCCUAGCUGUUUAAGAUUUCCGGGUGCUUUUUGGACCUGUCUGUUUUCCAGUCCUUGCCCCAACCUUUCCGUAGUUAGGCCCUUUGGCAGCAGGGCGCACACCAGCUUUUGAAUCGAUCUAUAAACCACAGCCAUCCUUCUUUCUCAGGCUGAAUGCUCGGGCGUUAUUGCUGGCGUGCAGCCUGGCUGCUGCGUAGGAAGAAGUCCCGCUCCCGCUCUCCCCGACCAAAAUAGUAGGUAGUUUAUGGUGUUGAUACUAAGCUGUCUGAACUGCGUGUGCUCGGGAGCAGGGAUGUCAACACAGGGUUCAGAGGGGAUCUGAUCUGCAAGUGGAGUGAGCCCUGCUUCUUCUGGGCUGCCUCUGUCGGGCAACGCCAUUGCUCAGCGUCCAUGUACACGUGCAGUUUUAUCACAGAUUUAAAGGCAGUGCAAGCACGGGAGAAUUUACUGGCUGUAUACCAGCGUCAGCUCUGAAUAGACCUGCAUUUACACGUUAACAUUUUGUUAGAAUUUGUCCCUUGGUCUGCAGGGCUUUUGGUGGCGACUUGUUCGUAAGCACGCUGUGAUGGCGGUCGAACCUUGUGGUAACGCUAAAGAACUGCUUUUCAAGCAAGGGUAGUCCCUGCAUUUUCUUUAUUCUUGCAUAACUUGAGAGGCCGAAUAGGCGGGGUGGGUAGGAGCUGUCACUGAAGGGGUUCGAUGGGACAAAUUGCUCGUCAGGUGGCUGGGGCUCCGCUGGUUGACGUUGGUUGGGGUCUUACGUGAUCCUUAAGCAGAAACAGUGGUAUACAGAAGGAUGGGCAGAAGGAGAGUUGUCUGGAUCCUGUUCUGUGGUUGCGGUAUCUUUCUGUCUGGUCCGAGUUUAUGUGGCUUUCAAUAAGUAAUGUACUUUCUCCUAGUCCAAGGAUUAAGGAACUAGAAAGAAUUUAAAAUACUUCCAUGAUGACUUUAGAGACAAACAAUCUGUGGAACUGGUAAGAGGGAGCGGUACACAGGUUUUUCCCCUUGCUCCCUUUUGAAGCGAUCAGCUUGCCAGUCAAAACAGGCUUAUACCAAAUUUAGCCACGUCGCGCGCACGGACCUGGGAAUGCAGGAAAAGCUCCGCUGCCAGUCCCUUGGGCUUGGUCCCAGCACGUGUGCUGUGUAAGUGUCACUGCCCGGUUCUCAGCUCCCGUUUGCGGCUGCAGUUUGUUCUCCUCUUCGUUGUGGCCGCCAGCAGCAAUUGCUCUUUCAUAGUUUGCUGUGUGGUACUGUAAAUCCCAGCUCUGUGUGAUACUUUAUAUUAUUCUUACAGUUAAUGCUCUGCUCCCCACACGCUUAAUCCAGCCUGUUGGGCCAUUGCAGUGUGUUGAUGUAAUACGUGAGAGCAAUCUUGAUGUGCAUUGGUUCGUCUCCUAGAGUAUUGAUAGUCUGCACGUAAUGCCUUGUGUAUUCUCUGAUUUGGAAUGGGGAAAUAUUUACAAAAUCUGGAUAUCACUGUUAAAUUAUACUUGCAGGUGGAAGUAUUUCAUUUAUAUAAGGCUUGUCAUUCUGUAUUUCUAAUUCUUAGAUUGCAAGAAGACCCUCCUGUGGGUGUCAGUGGUGCACCAUCUGAGAAUAACAUAAUGCAAUGGAAUGCAGUUAUAUUUGGGCCAGAAGGGACACCUUUUGAAGAUGGUACUUUUAAACUAGUAAUAGAAUUUUCAGAAGAAUAUCCAAAUAAGCCUCCAACUGUAAGGUUUUUAUCAAAAAUGUUCCAUCCAAAUGUUUACGCGGAUGGUAGCAUAUGUUUAGAUAUUCUUCAGAAUCGCUGGAGUCCAACAUACGAUGUUUCAUCUAUUUUAACUUCAAUUCAGUCUCUGCUUGACGAACCUAAUCCAAACAGUCCAGCAAACAGUCAGGCGGCACAACUCUAUCAGGAGAACAAACGUGAAUAUGAGAAAAGAGUUUCAGCUAUUGUCGAACAAAGUUGGAAUGAUUCGUAACAGCUGCUUUGUUACUCUCCAUCCUCGUAAUCAUGGUGUACAAUUUAACUCUCAAUAGAAAGGCUACCAGAAAUUUCAAGUGCCACAGUUCUAAGAAUUUGCAUAAAAACUCAUUUGCAAACAAAAUUAAGCCCUCCAGUUUAGGAAACUUAAAAGCUUGUGUAUCUUGAUUAACGUACUUUUUAUUGCAUGGUAUGAACUAAGUUAUUGCUACAUAAAUUUGUAAUAUAUCCUGUUUGUAUUUUUUUUCCAAGUGUAUAAUGUCGGUGUGGAGUUUUCAUGACAGAAUAUACACAUUUUGUAAAUCUGUACUUUUUCAAAUAUUGAAUGCCUUAUUUUUGAAUUCUUUAGAUUUUUAAAUUGGAGAAAAGCACUUAACAAAGUUUUUAUAUAUAAAUAUUUCAUGUAAAACUGUUAAAUACAUAACCUUAGUGCAAGACAUUCAGCGCUCACUCUCUCUCUCUUUCAAAGGGCUCCUUUUUAGUCCAUUUUUCCUUUCAGGACAUGCUAAUUACACCGUGCACUUUACAAGCAGAAAAGUUAAUCCACAGUCUAACUGUCUUCCCUGGAUGUCUCUGCUUCUGCACCAGAGCUUAACUGGAUUCUGUGUGUCCUCAGUUGUGUGAGGAAGAGAAGUAUCGGGGGCUGCCAGCCUACCAGUGGGGAAAGAGAUGGCACUGCUUUGCUCAAAGUCCCGCUUCAGCCCUGCAGCAGAGUUGCAAACAGGAUCUGGAUGACCAGGCUUGAUGAUAAUAUAUUCUAAUAACUUCUUAUUUUUCAGGGAGAUUGUGUUUUACCAAGUUGUAAAACACUGUCAUCUAAAUCUGUCCUGUGUUCGCACACUGUAACAUCAUUUGGGCUAUCUUCUAAAGAGGCGUCCCAUGAGUUUCCCUUGGGGGUAGGGAAAAAAAUUAAUCACCAACAGAAGAAACCAGCCUCCAGAUUUAAUGGAGUUCUUCUUUGGCUGUGUACCGCAGGGCCAGGUCUUGUGUCCGUACCACAGAGGUUCCGCAUACUCUUAAAUUGCCAGUUUUAAAGAAGUUUGGGGUUGUUCUUGUAAAUGUCGAUGUGAUAAUUUCUUACUGUAUUCUGUAAGCCAGGCUGGAUGACUAAAGAAUUGGGCCUUUUUUUUUUUUUUUUUUUUCCCCUCCCAGCUGCAAAAUUGUAAUCCCUUCAUCCUAAUUCCAUCCAGCAUUGCACACACCAAAAUACAGCUCAGCAUUGCCUGAAAAGCAGCGGAGGUUUACUUCGGCUGGAAGAGAAAAUGCUGUUUAUUUGAAUAGUCAUGACUAAAAGUUGGUCUGUGUUAAUGCAGUGAAGCGGCAGUAGCCGUUUACACCUCAUACCUGCUCCUAAAGAUGUUUUGCAGUUACAGGAGCAGCGCUGUUAAGUUCAGAAAGGGCAAUGGGAACACUCGUCAAACCGCUCUGUGGUGGUAGCUUGUGGAGCAAAACUCUGCUGCCUUAGAGACAGGAGUUGUUAGAAAGCUGUCGCUGGUGUGCAAAGGCUCAGACAUGUUAGAGCUGAGUAAUGCUAACCUUGGUGAGUGGGUUUGCUUUCCUGGAGUCAGUGAAUUUAAAAAUUCUUUGGUCUGUGUCUAAUUAUUGACAGAAUCAUAGAAAGUUUUGGGUUGGAAGGGACCCCUAGAGGUCAUCUAGUCCAACCCCCGAGAAACCCCAGAGGAUCCGGUUUGCCUUUUUCCUGGGGUGGAAUCACAGCACCGCUAGCAGAGCAGUGUAACAUAGCUUAAAGCAGCAUCGAUGCAAAGAAUUUUGUUCACAAAUACAACAUGGAAAAGCUUCCUGUUUCCUGAAAGCAAGCUUCCUCAUUCCCGAGAGAAUCAGUCUGAAGAUUUUUUGUUUGUUUGUUUUUUAAAUUCUGCCUCCUGACUCGGUAUUUAUUUUUGCUCCUUUGACAUGUGCGUGAGAUGAGAUUUGCCAUUCAUUAAUUUGAUUAUUCCUGAGCAGCCAGUUCAGCCUAGUUACAGGUCGGUGAAGCUCAGAAAAUGUUUUGUGUAGCUGGGAUGGAGGCAGUGUGUGUCUGAGAAGCCUAACGAGCAGGCUGAGGUUUCAUUAGCCAUCAGCGCUGCGAGCGCAGGGUGCCUGGGCCAGCACCCGGCCGUGUUGGAAGGCGUAAGAGCCAUCUCCUGCCGGACUCAGUCCUGCAAGACCGACUUGAAGUCCAGCUGGAAAAUGUCCCGCGGGGAGAGGUGAUGGUGGCAUUCCGGGAGCCACGUUAGCGCUGUGUGAUGGCAGUGGUGGAAUCUGGAUAAGGACGGCCCGCUGGUGAGAAUCCAGGGUUUGGGUGGUGACCUGGGUCGCUGCUGGUGCAGAGGAACCCGCAUCUCUUGAGGUGGGGAUCCCUCCCUGCACCCAGAGCUGCGAGGCAGAGAAGGGACCGGUGGCUUCGGCGAGCGCCGCCAAAGCAGGCAUCAGGAAUCACAGAAUGGCAGGGGUUGGAAGGGACCUCUGGAGCUC